CUUGCUAUGCAAAAAUGGAGAGAAACACUGAAUUGCAGUAAUGCUUUUUCUAUUACUAGAUGAGAAUACUGAACUCUCUAGCUUAGAAAGGAUCUUAGCAAGAUGUCAAUUUCCAAGAGAGAUUUAUAUGACUCCAAAGCCAAGCAAUUGUCCUCUGUGGAAAAGGAAAAUCAUCAAUAAUGAAAAUCAUGGAUGGAAAAAGUGCCACUUGUUGAAAAAAAGCAUAAAGGAUCCCCCAAUGUCAACUAUAGUUGUCAGAUGGCUGAAAAGGAACAUGCAACCCACUGAAGAUCUUAAGUCAAUAAUCCAGAAGCUGUCUGUGUUUGGGCCAAUUAAGUCAGUCAGCCUUUGUGGACGGCAAAGUGCUAUUGUGGUGUUUGAGAACAUGACUUCAGCGUGCAAUGCUGUAAGUGCUUAUCACAGCAAGAAGCCUGGCACCAUGCUGCAUUGUUGCUGGAAACACCGAUUCAUGUCCAAAGGUGUAAGAUUCCAUUUACCAAAAACCUAUGUAAGUUCUUUUUUUUCCUUCUUUUCUUUUUUAUUGCCAAAACGUUUAUUGUGA